AUGCCAAUCGCCACAACCCACCCCUUUACCGCCACCUACUCUCGCGCAACCGACAUUCCCGCUUAUAUAUGGGACGGUUUAAAAAGUAACGAGUGGUACACUAACACCGUGCUUCCUCACCUCAACAAGCGGCGCGCCGAGGAGAACGCACGAUACCCCGCUAGGCAGGGUGAAUUCUGGAUCACUUGCUGUACCCCCGGCUCUCCUUCCACCGUCGAUUUGGUCCUGUCCUGCACGGAUGGUCCUGUUGACAAGUACCCCAUCUUCAUUGCCAGCAUCCAUCCCCACGCAAGAUUAACACAGGAUUUCCUGGAAGAACGUAUACGUAUCCUCGUUGAAGCCCUAGCGAAAGUCGUAUCCCCAUCGCGUGUGUACUCGGUUUAUGCGGCCGAACCAAUAUCUCUCAAGUUUGCGCAAGCAUGGGCGCAACGGACAGGAAUCCAGCCCAUGCGAGAGCCAUACUAUGCUUCAAAAGUGUCCUACUGUACAAAGGAUACUCUCACCGAACCACCAACUCGCCAGGCACAUCUCCAUCCCCGUCAAGGCGCCUUCGAAUGUAGAUUAGCGCAGGAUCCAGAUCUAGACAAUCUCGCUGCACUUUGCUUCGGGUUCGCAUUUGAAUCGCCCCCCUUCAUUCAUUCCAGAGAAUCAGCGUACCAAGAAGCGCGAGCACUCCUCGGUCGCAGGCAGGCAUGGGUUCUCGCAGCUCAUUCAGCCAACGGUAGAUCCCACCUUGCCUCCAUCGUCGCUGUGACUAGGAAUACCGAAAAUGUUGCGACGAUAACGAAAGUUUACACCCUUCCGGAGCACCGUGGACACGGAUACGCCGAGAUCCUGGUUCGCCAUGUCACGAAGGAAUACCUAAAGACAAGACAAGUGGUCAUGCUCUAUGUUGGGCAUGACAACCCUGCAGCGAACGUUUAUCGCCGGGUGGGGUAUGUUGGUUUGGGAAAAGAGGGCGUGCAAGUGAAGGGCGUGGAUAGAUGGAUGGAAGUUGGAUUUGACCAAAAUAAGGUGGUGUUAGGUCAUUGGUGA